CCUAGGUGGGUCACAGGAUCUCCGAAUGACCUAAUCCAGUGUUUCCAUUUCUGCACUGACUUUAUUUGCUCUUUCGACAAUAUCCGGCACUGUGGACCACGCCCACAUUUUUAAAAAACCAUUUCCUGGGUUGGAAGCUGGGUUACAAGUUAUUUCCCUAUUGCUUCUUGCCUCUUUGGUCACUUUCUUGGUGUCCUUUGCUGGCUCUUCUGCCUCCUCGUGCCCAGUAUGCCCUCCAGGCUCCUUUCCCAUCUCCCUUAUCACUCUGCCAUUCUCAGGGCCUGUUCAUCCCCACACCUGACCUCUGUCGCCACCGACUUCCAGCUCUUGUCUCCAGCCCAGACCACUCUGCUGAAACUUCGUGUCUGGCUGCCCACUGGUCAGCUCCCCCAGAGGCCCUGAGGCUGAACGUGAGCUCAGUGUCCCCCACGCCAGCAGUGAGGACACCACCACCCAUCUGCUCACUCAAGCUGGGAGUUGUCCUCGUUCCUCCCCUACGUACAUCUGAUCUACCUCCCAGACAGGUCUGCCCCCCACCACCUUCUCCAUUCCCACAGCCACUUCCUCAGUUCCGUUGGUAUCAUAUAUCGCCUGGGUUUUCCUACCAUAAACUCCACGUUCACGUUCUACGGUGUUAUCAGAGUGACCUUUCCAGAGCACAGUCUGGUAAUGAGCGUCUGCUCAAAGCCUCCACGGGGAUUCCAUCAGGAGAUUGCAUCUGCGCUCGGGUCGUCCUGCUCACCUGUUGUACAAGAGAGGCGAAGCGACCUCACCGCGGGCCAAUAGGCUUCCAGGCCAGGGCCCGCGUCGGUUAAACCGGGCUGGAGACUGGAGCGGCAAUAUAGGUAGUGUGGCUCGGAGGGGUCUCGGAGCCGGCGGAGCGACCUGCAGGAGACCUGCGGAGGGCCCGGCCAUGCCCACUCGGGCGGAGGACUACGAGGUGCUGUACACCAUUGGCACGGGCUCCUAUGGCCGCUGCCAGAAGAUCCGGAGGAAAAGCGACGGCAAGAUAUUAGUUUGGAAAGAACUUGACUAUGGCUCCAUGACAGAAGCUGAGAAACAGAUGCUUGUUUCUGAAGUGAAUUUACUCCGUGAACUGAAACAUCCAAACAUCGUCCGUUAUUAUGAUCGAAUUAUUGACCGAACCAACACAACACUGUACAUUGUAAUGGAAUAUUGUGAAGGAGGGGACCUGGCUAGUGUAAUUACAAAGGGAACAAAGGAAAGACAAUACUUAGAUGAAGAGUUUGUUCUUCGUGUGAUGACUCAGUUGACUCUGGCCCUAAAGGAAUGUCACAGACGAAGUGAUGGUGAUCAUACCGUGCUUCAUCGGGAUCUGAAACCAGCCAACGUUUUCCUGGAUGGCAAGCAAAAUGUUAAGCUUGGGGACUUUGGGCUAGCUAGAAUAUUAAACCAUGAUACGAGUUUUGCAAAAACAUUUGUUGGCACGCCCUACUACAUGUCUCCUGAACAAAUGAAUCGCAUGUCCUACAAUGAGAAAUCGGAUAUCUGGUCACUAGGUUGUUUGCUGUAUGAAUUGUGUGCAUUAAUGCCUCCAUUUACAGCUUUCAACCAGAAAGAACUAGCUGGGAAGAUCAGAGAAGGCAAAUUCAGGCGAAUUCCCUAUCGUUACUCUGAUGAAUUGAAUGACAUUAUUACGAGGAUGUUAAAUUUAAAGGAUUACCACCGACCGUCUGUUGAAGAAAUUCUUGAGAAUCCUUUGAUAGCAGACUUGGUUGCAGAAGAGCAAAGAAGAAAUCCCGAGAGAAGGGGGCGUCGAUUAGAACCAGAGAAGCUGCAGGAUCCCAGCCCUGUGCUGGGAGAGCAGAAACUAAAGGAGCUGCAGCUGCAGGAGCGAGAGCGAGCCCUCAAAGCUCGAGAAGAGAGGCUGGAGCAGAAGGAGCGGGAGCUUUGUGUUCGGGAGAGACUGGCAGAGGACAAGCUGGCUAGGGCAGAAAGUCUGUUGAAGAAUUACAGCCUGCUGAAGGAGCAGAAGUUCCUGCGUCUGGCGAGUGGUCCAGAACUUUUCGAUCUUCCAUCCUCCAUAAUUAAGAAGAAAGUUCAUUUCAGUGGGGAAAGUAAAGAGAACGUCCUGAGGAGUGAGAACGCUGAGAGUCUGCUCACCUCCAAAUCCAAGUGCAAAGACCUGAAGAAAAGGCUUCAUGCUGCUCAGCUCCGCGCUCAAGCGUUGUCAGAUAUUGAAAAAAAUUACCAGCUGAAAAGCAGACAGAUUCUGGGCAUGCGCUAGCCUAACAGAGAGACCCAGAGCUGUGCCCGGUAGUUAGCCUGGCCCGCCCUUUGAAGAUUGAUGUUCAACUGCUGUAGCCUUACGUACUUGGUUCCGUGAGCCGUGCCUUUCUGUAUAGGGAGCAAGAUACCUUGGAAUUGCUUUGGCGGUUCUUCUGUGUCCACACCUUUCAUUUUUCUUUCUUUAUAGAAAGAUUGACAUUUUCUUGGUUGGUUGGGCUUUUAAUCUGUUGUGUGAUUACUACUGGAACAUGAAACAUGACAUUCUGAAUGUUGGGGGGAAAAUAAUGUUAGGAAAAAAAAUACCCAGAUGUAGCACUUAGAAGUUUUAAACGACUGAGUGGUCUUAAAAUUGUCAUGCCUAGUUGUAAGGUUUUAAAUGUUCUUGAGCUUAGAAAACCUAAUUGGAUACAAAUUGGCCACCAAUACUGUGACAUCUCGCUUAUAAAUGUCCCAUUGGUCUGCAGUGGAAAUCUGUCACCUCUUGUGAAAUUCAUCUCUGUGAUGUCUGUAUUCUUCCUUUUUAUUCUAUUUAAGUGUGUUUGAGCUGGCUGUCAUUCACCACCUGUUUCUCACUAAAUAAAAGACUUUAGUUUUCCUAUA